AUGUUCUCUCAGCCUGCAGCACGACCAGCAGUCGCGCGGCACAAUAGUGUCUCUUAUCCAGGCUCGCACAGGCACAGGCAUCAUUGGUUUUAUGUCUGGAUCCCCCUGGCAGCUGCAGUCAUGUGGUUUGGAACAAUUCUUGCUCUGCUUGUAACCUGGCUCGCCUCGGGGCGACCGCACUAUGUGUCCAUGGAUUCAGACCAGACUAUCGCAUAUAUCUCCGAUGUGGCGGCCGAUAUUCUGAAGCCCCUCUUCAUAGUCGGGUGUUCUAUCACUGCAGUCGGAUUUUUCCUCAGUCUGGCCGUCGAGAGAUGGGCAAGACACGAGGGAAGGCUGCUUCCAAAUAUGAGGCGACGUGAGAAAGUCAUGUCAAGCCUUGCGAUCGUAUGGUCCUUCGUUGGCGGUGCAGGCCUAAUUUUGUUAUCUAUUUUCGACACGAAACGCCACAUGAGGCUCCACCGAGUAUUUCUCCUAAUAUUUGUUGCCGGAACAGCAUUCAGUGCUAUUUUCACUAUCAUAGAAUUCCGAUGGCUUGACAAAACGUUCGGAUACAGGUUCCGCAAACUCCGCAUCGCGUAUCUUUUUAAAGCUGCUUAUGCAACGGUGCUUAUCAUCCUUGCUAUCGCCUUCGGUGCUCUCCUCGAUUCCAAACCCAACCCAGGAGCAGUCGUCGAGUGGACAAUCUCCUUCCUUUUCACGCUCUAUCUACUUUCCUUCUGGUAUGAUCUCCGGCAGAGUCGGAACCAUGCUAAGGGCGACUUGAGUCCGCAACACCUCAUGGGAUAUAAUGGGCAAGUGGAUCCCGGAAUGGUAGAGAGGGGCUCUGCGUUAUAAUUUUGAACGAAGGACGUCCUUAUUAUGUGGUUUAGAUAAAAUCGGC